AUGUCAUUUCAAAGUUUACUCUUAACAACAUUUGGGUUGAUUUUUGCUUGCGUAGUUUUUGCUCUGCUUUUCAAGUAUCUCUAUAGCAAACUAUACACUUUAACAUGCUGUUUCGGCAAAUCAUCAUCGAUGGCGAACACCGUCUUGUCCAGUAAUGGCAAUCUCGGAUCCCAACAUCCCAACGCAGAUCUAUCGCCACCACCGUCUUAUGAUGAAGUUGUCGUAUGUGGCGACAUAUUUGUCAUAAAUAUUGAAGGUGAUUGGCAGUAUGAUGCUUCAAGUAGUUGGCACGAUGAACAACUUCCAACUUAUGACGAUGCCACCAUGGGAAGCUAUAUCCCAUUUGAAGAAUAAAAUAAACCACCGUUGCUCCUGACAAUUUUUAAAGUAACUAUCUCGCCCAUUUUUUCUAAUGAAACCAAGAUCAUGAAACUUCUCAGCGUGGAAUCGUCGAUGUUGCGCAAUGCUUUGUAAUUUGAAAUGCUUUUUGGUUUACUUUUGUGCGUUUCAUUCUAAGCUUUGUAUGAAAUUUAGUUGAUCUGUAUACUCAUCGCUAAAACAAUAUGUUACUUGUGUAAGUGAUGUGAUCCAGGAUACGGCCUUCAAACAAAUUCUGAAUAAAUUCCUUGAAAACA